UAUAUAUAAUACCCUCAUUUGCUAAUUUUAUGUACACCAAUCAAUCAGUAUAGUAGGUGAAAAAGGGCGGCUAGCUUAUCAUCGAACUUGGACCAAAACUGCAAAAGAGCUAAUCAAUUCAAAGAUGGAGUAUAUAGGAAAAUUGAUACAUAUACAGAAAUGGGUGAAUUUGUUUUCCGGCUAUAUACUAUGGCUACUGAUGGUGUACUUAACCGAUGUAUGGGAGCUUGAAAUAGUUCAUGCAGCUGGAAUUAUCAAUAUAUGGAUGGGCCUCAUUAAAAUUUUGCCAAUUGUUUUCGCUUAUCUUGCUGACGCUUUCCUUGGCAACUCUUUCGUCGUCAUCUUUAGCAGCUUCUCCUCCAUGAUUGGACUUGGUUUAAUAUGGAUGUCAACACCACCAGUGUUGGGCAAAUCUAAUGGGAAUUGCACUCAAUACAGGCCUGAAUGCAUCGGCGAGCAGCAAAAACAACUCUUUUACUCAGGCCUCGUCUUCACUGCAUUAGGAAUGGCCUCGCUCUCUGCUUGUUAUACGCCCUUUGCGCAGGAGCAAGCAGAGGAGGACACUACUAGUAGUAGACGUUCCACAGGGUGGUGUCGGACUCAUUUGGUUGCAUUUGCCGCGCUUAUAAUAGCAGCCUUUGUUAAGCCAUGGGCUAUCUUAUUUGGAAUUUGUGCCAUACUUGGUGUGGUUUCUUUCCUUGUUUGCUUGAUCUUGAGGGUUUGUUUAGGGGUCGGAAACCCGGUUUCAAGGCCUCAAGGGAGCCCCUUGACUACUAUCUUUCGUGUUCUUUUCGCUGCUUCCUCCAAGAGCUUCUGCUCCCGCCCACAGGAUACUGAUAAGCUUUACGAGAAAACUGAUCCUCUCCAACUUCAACAAGAAUUAUUGCCUCACACUAAAGGCCUCGGGUGUCUCGACAAGGCUGCUAUAAUUGAAGCCGAGCCGGCGUUAGAGCAACAAGAGAAGAAGAGAUGGAGCCUUUGCAAAGUAACAGAAGUCGAGGAAACGAAGAUAUUCAUACGUACAAUACCCAUAUGGAUGACCUACAUAGUUUGUGGGAUUGUAUCAUCCGUAGGUGCUACCUUCUUUCUGGAGCAAGCAAACAACUUGGAUCGUAGAGUAGGAAAGGCAAAAGCCCCUCUUAUACUCUUCUUUUGGUUUUAUGACCAUUUUAGGAAAAGCUUCACUACCGGCUUUAUGCCAACAUUUGCACUAAGUCGACGUUACAUUCCUCGAAUUGGAAUUGCAGUUGCGAUAAUGUAUGCAACCCUCUCUUGUAUCGCAGCAGCAAAGAUUGAAACAAGAAGGCUUGGAGUUGUAAUGAGGUAUGGCUUAAUUGAUAGGCCUAAUGAAAGAGUACCUAUGACUAUCUUUUGGCUUUUACCUCAAUUUGUGUUGCUUGGUUGCCUCGAUGGGAUUCAUCGGUUGAUGGCUUAUGGGUUUUCAUUAGAUCAAGCUCCUAAAUCAAUGGUCAAGUACUUUAACCUUUUCGGGAGGGGCUUUUAUGGCCUUGGAGUUAUGGGAAGUGUUGCGUUAGUCCAAAUUGUAGGGAAGAUUAGUGAGGGGAGAACUGGAACAAAUUGGUUUCAAAGCACAUUGAAUGCGAGCCGAGUAGAUAACUAUUACUGGGUGUUAGCUUCAAUGGCUGCUAUAAACCUUGUGAUAUUUGUUGUGGUUUCAUGGUUGUAUCGCUAUAGGGAACCAACAAGAGAAGGGCAGUUGCCGGAAGGGCUAUUGCCAGCAGGCUUCAUGGAUGAUGAUCAUAUUUAA